UUGGGAUUUUUUGAUUGAGGAACUUGCGAUCGUGUAUCGUGUCGUGUGUAUGUAGUUGAUAUUUGUGUGUGUGGUUAUAUCAUCUACGAAAACAAACCCCGAGAGCACAGCAAUACCAAUUUGUCGGAAAUAACAGGAGGAAAAACAACCGCAAGUUACACCCCGUUUCGCAUUUCAGAGGAAUAGAAAGUCGUCAGAGUGGAGUGUGUCACUGCUGUUUCUCGUCCCCGUCAAGUCUGCGCUGUCAAGAUGAUCUUCGUGACGUGUGCCACAGCAGCUUUAGCAAAGCGAUACUGACCAUUCGUCAUCUGAUAUGAUUAUAAAUUGAGGGGUCGGAUGCCUUUGAUCAUGGCGAGCACGAGCAGCAGAAGUUCCUCCACCUCUGAGCCGUCCACGGCCACCCCAUUGAGUGCCUCAAUCUCGGGGCUACACGCUGCCAGCAAGGAGGAGGACAAUGCUGGUGCGGGUGCUGAGGCAUGUGACAGCAGAACGCCGUCGCCGACCAUCAGAUUUCGGGGAAUCGUUAGCAAUACAAAUGACAGUUUCACAAUGCUGUCAAACUACAGAUGUCCCAUAAUCGGCCAUGAAGUGAUGGAAGAACGGGCUAGGUUCACUGUGUACAAGCUGAGGAUAGAUAACUUGGCAACUGGCGAGUGCUGGUUUGUUUUCAGGAGGUACACCGAUUUUGUGCGCCUUUAUAACAGAUUAAAGACUGACUUUCCUGAUGUUGAGCUACCGUUACCUAGAAAACGCUGGUUUGGCGAUAAUUUCAACCCCAGAUUCAUCCAGGAGAGGACCAUGGGCCUUCAGGAGUUCAUAGAUUGCAUGUUCAAGAAAGAGCAGUUGCAACUUAGCAUGGCAUUGAGAGAGUUUUUUUGCCUUGACGAACCUCCAACAGCUGCUGAUGGAAUGGAUGAGUCAAGAGCUGCUCUUGAAGCGUUGAUGGACACUUUGCAGCAAGCUCGCCUCGAGUUAGUUGAGAAGGAGUUAAUGCUACACACUAUGAAAGAAGCUUUGGACCAAACAACAUUAGAGAAUGAACAGCUGAAGCAACGAUUAAGCAAUUGUAGUCAAUGCAGUAAGACGGAGGUCUGACAUGAUGCUGGCGUCUUCUGGAACAAAAUCAUGUCGGUUGUGAUAUAGUAAGAUUUUAAUGAAUGCCUUUUUGGUCUUAUAAAUUUGUAAAACUAAUCAGGGCCAGUUUUGACAAUACAGUUUCACUAACGGUGUUAAAACAAAAUCAGAUGAUUUGGUUUGCUCAUUGAAAAAGCACUUUUGCAUUUUUUUUGUAGUUAUUUAUCGUUAGUGUAUUUGUUUAAGUCUGUCGGACGUUAACUGAUAGUGCUCUUAGCGUCAAGUCUUUGUGCAAUAACAUUCCUAAGUAUAUCAUUAUUUAUAAAAUAUAACGCCUUCAGUCCGAAUACCUGUUACGCAUGGUCUCUAUGGUGCUACAUCUUUAACAUGUCACUUCUCAGAAAACCGUAUUUUAGUAACAUUAAACUACUACCUCCAGGAUCGCUUAACAUGAUGUGUGUCCUAGAGGAUUAGUUUUUAACUGACUCGAAAUUUGAAAGAUUUUGUUAGCAUUUUUACAAAUAACCUUGCCAUAGAUAAAAGUAUAUAUUUUGUACUUUUUGGUAGAGUUAGUAACGAAAUUUGCUUUAAGUGCACUUCCAGUAAUAAUUGUGCCUUUUAAUAUUCAAAGCACAGAAUUCAGAAACUUGGCUUGCUCAUAACGUUUUUGUUCAUAUGACAAAUAAUAUGCUUAUUGCGGUCUUUAGUCAAACAGGCAGAACAAGUAGCUCAUCUAAAUUUCAAAAAAAUAUUAUUUUUUCAUGAAGUCAAGUAAAAAUACAACGUAAAAGUCAAUGAUAAACCAAUUAAAAUAAUGAUAAUUGCCCCCUGGCUUCAAACUUUUUAGUUUGAGCUGUACCAAUAUAUAUUGAUAGAAUAUUUAAACUGAAAAAAUAACGAUAUAUGAUUGCCGAAGAAAGGAACUGUCCAUUUUAAAGCGAAAAUAAAAAAAAUACUUUGAAUCUAGAGAAGCAUAUUAGUGAAAAAUGGUCGGUAUUUUAGAGGUUAGCGUCGCCUAAAAAAAAUCGUAAGUUUUGUAACUAAGUAAUUUUUGAUCUAUUAUGUGUAAUUAAAUAAAUAAAUAUAAUUAUGGAUUUGCACAAA